AUGAAUCAGUUAAGCCUUUUAAUUUCAUUAAUUAUCGCUUCUGUGUUUGUUGUCAAUGUUAUAAAUGCGACGGACACAUUGCAUACUGGAAAUAUAACUGCAUUAAUCGAAGGCAGUAUUAAACAUCUCUUUUCAUUAUGGAUCGUACCUUGUUCCGAAUGGUUGAAUGUCUUUACAAACAAUGCUGUUUGGUAUCAUCCUAAGUUUCCCGCUGGAUUACAAUACAGUCAACUAAUGAAUUUUUGUGAACUCAAUCAAGCUACUAAACCAGCAUUGUUUCGUCAAGAUGGUGAUAUCCGAUUGACAGUCAGCGGUAACUCCUCGACAUCUGCUUUGUAUCAUGUUAUGGUACCUUAUGUCUACGGACAAAUUGAAAAUGGUAAUAACAAUUCAUUAUUCAUCAAUAGUGGCUAUGAAUAUGUUCAGUUAGUUGCUGAUGAGAAUAAUGUCAUUCGUAUUAAUACAGUCGUCGAAUUCUUCAAUCGUGCAUCAUUACCAUUCACUUGGCCGGAUAAUAAUUAA